AUGACGAAGCGUUAUCUGCGACGAUCGAAAUAUCGUCGAACCGUGGCUCCUUUACUCCUCGGCAAGCUGGCGAUCUCUUCCCGGGGAGAAGAGCCUGGGCAAGAAGCUCUACAGGAUGAGGGGGAGCAAACAAACGAAAAAAAAAGAAUAGGAAAGCAAAAUUCCCAACUUUCUCGCUCGUUGAAGCGGGUACUCUUUCACAGGCGCGGGGAUCGACUUAAGAUCCCGAGAUACCAGAACACCUUUCGUCUGGAGCCAUUUAGGGCUUUUCACGCGGCGACGGUCGACAAGAUCGUUCGUGACGUAAUGGAGAUCAAAUUAUCGGCGAUUACAUCAUACCAGCCGGAUCAGAUAUCGAAAUUGUGUUUGGAAAUUGCCAGCGACGUGCUGAGGGCUGUCGGCAAGAAGGAUUACGACAGGUACAAGAUGGUGACGCAGGUAUACGUAAUCCAGCGCUUCCAACAAAGUAUACACGCGGCCUUCCAGUGUCUCUGGGACGUGAAUCGCGAUAAUUACUCGUAUCACGUGCUCGAAAACAAUCACAUAUACGCGUGGUGCUGCGUGUUCGGUGUAUAUUACGAUUAAACGCAGC